AUGGGCAACCAGGUGGAGAAGCUGACCCACCUAAGUUACAAGGAAGUUCCCACGGCUGACCCCACCGGCGUGGACCGGGACGAUGGGCCUCGUAUCGGGGUCUCCUACAUCUUCUCCAACGACGAUGAGGACGUGGAGCCACAGCCACCAGCCCAGGCCCCAGAUGGCAGCGGCUUGCCCGAUGGCGGGCCCGGGCAGCCACUCCCGCCGCAGCAGCCCUACGACCCACAGCUGCACGAGGUGGAGUGCUCUGUGUUCUACCGCGACGAGUGCAUCUACCAAAAGAGCUUCGCUCCUGGCUCGGCGGCCCUAAGCACCUACACCCCGGAGAAUCUGCUCAACAAGUGCAAGCCGGGUGACCUGGUGGAGUUCGUGUCGCAGGCGCAGUACCCACACUGGGCCGUGUAUGUGGGCAAUUUCCAGGUGGUGCACCUGCACCGGCUGGAGGUGAGCAACAGCUUCCUGACGGACGCGAGCCAGGGCCGGCGCGGACGCGUGGUCAAUGAGCUGUACCGCUACAAGCCGCUGAGUCCCAGCGCUGUGGUGCGCAACGCACUGGCGCACGUGGGCGCCAAGGAGCGCGAGUUGAGCUGGCGCAACUCGGAGAGUUUUGCCGCCUGGUGCCGCUAUGGCAAACGCGAGUUUAAGAUCGGCGGCGAGCUGCGCAUCGGCAAGCAGCCCUACCGGCUGCAGAUCCAGCUGUCUGCGCAGCGCAGUCACACGCUUGAGUUCCAGAGCCUGGAGGACCUGAUCAUGGAGAAACGGCGCAAUGACCAGAUCGGGCGCGCAGCCGUGCUGCAGGAGCUCGCCACGCACCUGCACCCGGCCGAGCCGGAGGAGGGCGACAGCGACGCGGCGCGGACUACGCCGCCACCCGGGCGCCCCCCUGCGCCGGCUACCAAGGUGGUGGACGGGGAGGCGGUGGCGCACUGA